AACCCUAAAUUUAGUUGGAGGGUGAAGAAAAGGAAAUCCAGAAUGGACACAAUCCCAAGAGCAAUAUAUUAUUAAUGUUUGCCAUAAUUUGUAUGAUAAGAUAGGGGGGAUCUCGGGAUUUUUCUUACAAAUUUCUCCCCUUUCACCAGCAUGCUCGUAUCUCUCAUUGAAAAAAUCCCAAGUGAAACCGCCGUUUCCCGUCGAGAAAAUGGUGUCUCUUGCUCCUUAUCGCCCUCCUCGCAGUGGUAGGCAAUUCCAACGCUAUGAUAGCGAAGGCUUUCGUUUAGUUGUUGGAUGUAUUCCAUAUCGAUAUAGGAAAAUGGACGAAGCGAAUUCAAACGACGACGUGAUCGAAGUACUUGUGAUCAGUGCACAAAACGGCAAAGGUAUGCUGUUCCCUAAAGGUGGUUGGGAGCAUGAUGAAUCCAUGGAAGAGGCGGCCGUUCGAGAGACGCUCGAAGAAGCCGGUGUCGUUGGCAACAUUGAAUGCAAAUUAGGGAAAUGGUCGUACGAGAGCAAGAGGCGAAGUACUCUCCAUGAAGGCCACAUGUUUCCAAUGCUUGUCAAGCAAGAGCUAGACCUUUGGCCUGAGAAAAACAUCCGGACGAGGAAGUGGGUAACAAUCUCUAAAGCUAAAGAAGAAUGCCCACAUUUGUGGAUGAGGGAAGCCUUAGAGGAGCUGGUUUCCCGGCAGCAUACGCAGGCAGGGGCAAAGGAUGAGGAAAUGGGUCGAACAAGUAGCGAGUGA